AUGACCUCCCCCCUCCCAACCACCCCCCACUCACCCUCCCCCGCCCAAAAGUCCCCCAAAAACCACCCCCACAGCAAACACUCCCUCGCCCGCAUCACAAUCCUCACACACCUCCGCACAACCUCACACGCGCACAUCACCGCCUUCACCCUACCCACAUCCCUACCCGAACUGGCACACCUCGCCCUCAACUUACAUACAUCCGAAUCCCGCGUGAAAGACGCAGAAACCCAGCUCUACGCAACAAUAACUGCACUCCCUCUCCAAGCCAUCGACACAGUCAUUCUAACGCGUGCGCGGGACAUCGACUUAUCAGACGCACCGAUAAGUACCGCAAUUCAAGCGUGCUCAUCUUUUCUUCUCGCGUUAGUAGAGAAGGGGAUCGCGCGUAGAGCGGCGGGGUGGUUGUUGGAUGUGCUUACUGAGGAGUUUGGGGGUGAGCUGUGGGUUGGGGGAGAAGCAGAAGGGGUGGUGGGAGAGAGGGGACGGAAAACGGUGCAGAUGGAGUUUGAGAAUGUUAGGGGUUUGUGGGCGGGGAGUGCGGAGACUGGUGGAAGGGCAAUUGAUGGCGGGUUUGCGUAUAGGGUGCUGGUCCCGGGGACGGUCUGA